CCCUGCACAGGUUUCCAUCUCCCAGCAGAAGGCGCAGCCAUGAAUCCGUUAUUCGGCCCCAACCUCUUCCUUCUACAGCAGGAGCAGCAGGGCCUGGCUGGGCCCCUGGGGGAUCCCCUUGGAAGUGACCACUUCACCGGGGGAGGGGACUUGCCCACAGCGCCGCUUGCCCCCGCUGGCCCCUCAGCCUACUCGCCGCCGGGCCCUGCCCCGGGCCCGUCACCCCCCGCCGCCAUGGCACUCCGCAACGACUUGGGCUCCAACAUCAACGUGCUCAAGACCCUGAACCUCCGGUUCCGAUGUUUCCUGGCCAAGGUGCAUGAGCUGGAGCGCCGGAACCGGCUGCUGGAGAAGCAGCUGCAGCAGGCGUUGGAGGAGGGUAAGCAGGGCCGUCGGGGCCUGGCUCGCCGCGACCAGGCCGUACAAACUGGCUUCAUCAGUCCCAUCCGGCCUCUGGGUCUGCCCCUGGGCGCCCGGCCGGCCGCGGUCUGCCCCCCGUCGGCGCGAGUGCUGGGCUCGCCCGCGCGCUCACCAGCCGGUCCCCUCGCGCCCUCCUCGGCCUGCCACUUGUCGCCCUCCACCUCCACCUCCACUGCCUUCUCCUCGUCAGCCCGCUUCAUGCCCGGCACAAUCUGGUCCUUCUCGCACGCCCGCCGGCUGGGGCCAGGACUGGAGCCCACGCUGGUGCAAGGGCCUGGCCUGUCGUGGGUGCACCCUGAUGGGGUGGGCGUCCAGAUCGACACCAUCACCCCGGAGAUCCGCGCACUCUACAACGUGUUGGCCAAAGUGAAGCGGGAGCGGGAUGAGUACAAGAGGAGGUGGGAAGAGGAAUACACAGUGCGGAUACAGCUGCAGGAGCGAGUUUCUGAGCUCCAGGAGGAAGCCCAAGAGGCUGAUGCCUGCCAAGAGGAGCUAGCCAUGAAGGUGGAACAGUUGAAAGCUGAGUUGGUCGUUUUCAAGGGGCUCAUGAGUAAUAACCUGUCAGAGCUGGACACCAAAAUCCAGGAAAAGGCCAUGAAGGUAGAUAUGGACAUCUGCCGCCGCAUUGACAUCACCGCCAAACUGUGUGAUGUGGCUCAGCAGCGCAACUGUGAGGACAUGAUUCAGAUGUUCCAGGUCCCAUCCAUGGGGGGGCGGAAGCGGGAGCGCAAGGCUGCUGUCGAGGAGGACACCUCCCUGUUGGAGAGUGAUGGGCCCCGCCAGCCCGAUGGGGAUGAGGAGGAAAGCACAGCCCUCAGCAUCAACGAGGAGAUGCAGCGCAUGCUCAACCAGCUGAGGGAGUAUGAUUUUGAGGACGACUGUGACAGCCUGACUUGGGAGGAGACUGAGGAGACCCUGCUGCUGUGGGAGGAUUUCUCAGGCUAUGCCAUGGCAGCCGCAGAGGCCCAGGGAGAGCAGCAGGAAGACAGCCUGGAGAAGGUGAUUAAAGAUACUGAGUCCUUGUUUAAAACACGGGAAAAAGAAUAUCAGGAAACCAUUGACCAGAUAGAGCUGGAGUUGGCCACAGCGAAGAACGACAUGAACCGGCACCUGCAUGAGUACAUGGAGAUGUGCAGCAUGAAGCGGGGCCUGGAUGUGCAGAUGGAGACCUGCCGCCGUCUCAUCACCCAGUCUGGAGACCGGUUUGAAUUAUAUGCAUACAUAUAUAUCUCAGGUGACAUCUCUUAUGCUGUGACUUCAGACAUUUCUGACUGCUGAAACUCUCAGAGCCCAAAGUCUCCUGCUUUCACUGCGGUCCCGCUUAGCGACCCGCCGCCACCGCCAAGCGAGACUGAGGACUCCGAUCGCGAUGUCUCAUCUGAUAGCUCCAUGAGAUAGGGACCACCUCCAUCUUGGCUCCCCUGUGCCCCAUCCUGCCCAAAGCUGGGGGUUCAUGGAGGGGAAAACCAUUUGUACUACCACACCAAACCUGGCCCUGGGGCCUGUGUUGCUCCUCUCUCGGGCUUCCUCCCUUGGUUCUUGGCCUCCCUAGAGUUCUGGGAUGUCGGGGGCUAGGCUUGGCCCUGCCCUUCCUGGGCAGCUCCCACUGCAAAUGGGGCUCUCCUGCCUUCAUGCGUGGUGUCUGCUACUUCCCCAUCUUUAAAAGGCCAAGAGUGCUCAUGGCCUUUCACCUUUUCUAUUGUGUAAGGAAUGUGAAUGUGGGACCUCCAACUCUGGGACCUAGAGCCCCCUGUCUUUGAUUUUGUACUGGUGCUAACUGGCCCAGGCACUGGUAUGAAGUGGAUUCAGCUAGAAGUUCCCUAAAGGAUUGUAUAACACAUGCAGUUGGACAGGACUUCCCUUCCUGGUAUGGAUAGAGGGAGGUGGUACUGGAUAGGUAUGCUGUCCUGCUGUCCAUGUUCUCAUGGCUGUCCACCUGCCAACUGUAGUGUAUGUGACUGUAACCUUCCCUCACAGAGGGAGGCACCGUGCAUUAAAGGGGCCUUUAUGCCCUGGACUGGGUGAAUUACCCUGAAGGAUGAUAGCUCUUAUCUCCUGGUCUCUGCUGAGUGACAGGAAAAAAAAAAAAAAAAAGUGAAGCAGCUCUGUCUAUGUGCCUGCGUUCAGGGUCUGUUUCAAGUGUUGGCUGAAGAUGUGGCUCUUCCUUGUCUCAUUCACCAAAACCAACAGGCUGAUAUGUCUGACUUGGAAAAGCUUGAGAAGUGGAGAGAUUCAAUUCUGAAUACCUCAGAGGCUGUGCUGGCAUUUGAAUGGAGUCUUUAAUAAUAAUCAAAGUGGAGAAUAUUUAUUGAA